AUGCCAACGGAGCCCACCGCCGUUGCAAAAGAAGCAGCGGCGACCGAACUGCCGCCUGUGCCCAGCACAGAGCCGCCUGUGAUCCGGGAGCAGGACCGGCUGAUGCCCGUAGCCAACGUGUCCCGCAUCAUGCGCCGCGGGCUCCCUCCCCACGCCAAGAUCUCCGACGACGCCAAGGAGGUGAUCCAGGACUGCGUGUCCGAGUUCAUCAGCUUCGUCACCGGCGAGGCGAACGAGCGGUGCCACACCGAGCACCGCAAGACCGUCACCGCCGAGGACCUCGUGUGGGCCCUGGACCGCCUCGGCUUCGACGACUACGUCGGGCCCCUCAACGCCUUCCUCCAGCGCAUGCGCGAGAUCGAGGGCGGCGGCGACGGCGGCCGCGGCUCCUCCUGGCGCGGCCCGCGCCGCGGGUCGUCCCUGCAGGUCGCGCUCCACAGCGCGCAGACGAUCCGCCCGGCCGUGUACCGCCACCCGGCUUACGCCGUCGGGCCUGUUCCCCGCCCGGUUCCAGGCAGCACCGCGGCGGCGCGCUUCGGCGGCCGGUACCAGAUGCCCAGCGUCGGCGGCCAGCGCUCCAUGGCUCCCUACUACGGAGGAGCGGCGUUCCAGGCCGGGGGAAGCCGCCAUGGGGCAUUCUACGCCGACGAGGCAAGCUCGUCGAACGAGGCGCCGCCGGCGCCACGUGCUGGCUCGCGCCGCUAG